GAAAAGUGGUAGAGUCCAGCUAGGCGGGAUGAUCCAAACUGUCCAGACAGAGUGAAGAGAGGAAGAGAGCGUUACCACAGCAACGUUACUGUAAAGUUACUUUAAUUUAAUAUUAGACAUUAUAACGGAGACGAACACGGUUGAUGGAGAAGAUGAGCGAGGAGAACAUUGAGGAGGUGAGGAUACUGGAGGCUCAGAUUGAGCAUCUUCAGGCUGAAGUUAAAGCAUUGCAGCGCCAACAGCAGGACCACCACAAGGACAUAACGUUUCACUUCAGAGGACAAAUGCAGGAUGCCAUGUUGUACAUGUGUGGACAGAGACAAGGAGGAGGGAAAGAGAAUGUGCUGUCCAGGCUGAAGGAGGAGGUGGAGGAGCUGGAGGAGGAUCUGAAGCGGCAGACACAAAUGAAUGGCAUCAAUCUGAACAGCUGCACCACAAAGACUCUGCAAAGCAGCGGCAGAAAGCUGGUCCAGCAGCUCUGUGUAUCAGGUCACUGCUCUGAACUGAUCUUCCAGGUGGAGUUCCAGCUUUCUGAGGUCAAGGAGGGUCAAGGUUCCAAGAGGACGAUCAGUGAACUGAACGUGGUGAUGGACGCCAGCGACCUGCAGAACUUCAGCAGUUUCCUGUCAGGAGUGGAGGAGAGCAGGGAUCUUCUGCUGUACUUCAGGACUCUCAGGACUUUCUCUGACAAAUGUGACGACCGGCGCAGAACCUUCCAGCACCUCCAGGAGAAGUAUCCAUCUGUCGUCUCUCUUCCUGCAGGCAGCAGGUCAGAGGUCAUGACCCUGAAUCACCCUGAGCUUUCUGGCUGCGUCUUGUUCGUUCAUUGGUCAGUGGAUGUCUCCAGAGACGACAGAGUCACUCCCAAGAUCCAGCUGCUGACAAAGAUCCCUGAGAGAGCGCUGCAGUUGUUUCCCUCUGCGGCUGUAGGCGGCGCUGCUGAGGCCUUUCAGAGCCUGCUGAGGAUUCUGGGACCUGAAGCCGCCUUGGAGUCGGUCAUCAUGGCGGUCAGCCUUUCACAGGACACAGAACUCACAUCUUCAUCUCCGAGCACAACGACAUAAAACAUGAAAAAAAACAUUUUUCUACUGUAAAACCAGCAUGAACCUUUUAACAUGUCUGAAAUGAUGUACAAAUAAAGUAAAACAUACAGCGUU